ACAAAAUUUUAUGAUCGCUUUUGUAAGCAUUUGAAAUUGAAAUGGCAGAGGUGUUGUCGAAAAUCCCCAUUUCAAAAUUUCGAUAUGGAAUUCAAUUCGGAUGCCAUACUUUAUAGAAUCCGAUGAAGUUCUAUAAUUUUAAAUAUAUUGUCGUUGAGUUCAAAUCCCACCACCAUUUCCAAUCUGCUUCGAUUCUUCCCCUUUUCAUAUCUCUGGAGGGAGAAACAGAAGAUUUGGCUAUAUACACAUAAUCAGUUUUUCAAUUAUAAUUUUACUUUCUGUUUGGUGUUAUCGUGGGCAAUUUAAUUGCUCAGGACCACGAGCAAUUCAAAAUCCCUGAUAAUUUCUACUCGGGGUCCUGGGAUUUAGGGUUUAUUUUUGUAUUUCAAAAUCUUGGAUUUUGAUUGUAAUUAUAUCUUGAUUGUCGGUGUUCCCUAAUACAGACCGUCAAAUACAUAUACACAAGUAAUUUGGGUUUUAAUUUGCGUGGUUGUACGGUAGAGGUGAAAGAAAGGGUGUCGCUUUAGAGUUUAGAGUGAUGGACGGAAGGAGAAUCACGGCGAGUCCAAGGCCGUGUAAUGGUCGGCGGGUGGUUGCUAAGAAACGUCCCCGUGGUGGUGUUGAUGGGUUUGUGAAUAGCGUUAAGAAGCUUCAGAGAAGAGAGAUUUGCUCGAAGCGGGAUCGUGCUUUUCGGAUGUGCGAUGCUCAAGAGAGGUUCAGAAACAUUCGAUUGCAGGAGGAGUAUGAUACUCAUGAUCCAAAGGGACACUGCUCUAUGGUAUUACCAUUUCUGAAAAAGCGCUCAAAAAUCAUUGAGAUUGUUGCUGCUCGUGAUAUAGUCUUUGCUCUUGCACAAUCUGGAGUCUGUGCUGCAUUCAGUCGAGAGAACAACCAGAGAAUAUGCUUUCUAAACGUCAGCCCUGAUGAAGUUAUAAGAAGCUUGUUUUACAAUAAGAACAAUGACUCACUCAUUACAGUAUCAGUCUAUGCUUCAGACAGCUUUAGCUCCUUGAAAUGCAGAACAACAAGAAUCGAAUAUAUACGACGAGGUCAACCUGAUGCUGGUUUUGGUCUUUUUGAAUCUGAAUCUUUGAAAUGGCCUGGUUUUGUGGAAUUUGAUGAUGUCAAUGGAAAGGUGUUGACAUUUUCAGCACAAGAUAGCAUUUACAAGGUGUUUGAUUUGAAAAACUACACGAUGUUAUACUCCAUUUCCGAUAAAAAUGUACAAGAAAUCAAAAUAAGUCCUGGAAUUAUGUUGUUGAUAUAUAAUAAAGCCAGUGGUCAUGUCCCACUCAAGAUUCUCUCAAUUGAAGAUGGAACUGUUUUAAAAUGUUUCAAUCAUCUUCUUCACCGAAACAAGAAGGUGGAUUUCAUUGAACAGUUCAAUGAGAAGCUUCUUGUGAAGCAAGAAAACGAGAAUCUACAGAUUCUUGAUGUACGCAAUUCUGAUUUAACGGAAGUUAGCAGGACAGAAUUUAUGACUCCAUCAGCUUUCAUAUUUCUAUAUGAAAAUCAAUUAUUUUUAACUUUUAGAAACCGAACAGUUGCUGUAUGGAAUUUUCGUGGGGAACUUGUGACAUCAUUUGAAGAUCAUUUAUUAUGGCAUCCAGAUUGCAACACUAACAACAUAUACAUCACAAGUGAUCAAGAUCUUAUCAUUUCAUACUGCAAAACCGAGUCUGAUGAUCCUUUAACAGAAGGAAAUGCAGGUUCGAUAAAUAUCAGCAACAUCUUGACGGGGAAAUGUCUUGCGAAGGUGAAGGCAAAGAAUGGUGUUCCUUUGGAUGAGUGUAGUUGCAGUGGCAAUAAUGUAAUUUCUAAUGGAGGUAGUGGCAGAAGUUGUAAAUGUACUUCAAGGAAGAGAAUUAGGGCUUCAAGGAUUAUGAGUUCUGUUGCAGAAGCUCUUGAGGACAUUACUGCCCUUUUCUAUGAUGAAGAAAGGAAUGAGAUUUAUACAGGAAAUAGACUUGGGUUAGUUCAUGUAUGGUCUAACUGAAAAGGGUAAGGUUGUAAUUUGGUAAAUUGUGUGAAAAAUGAAUGGUAUGUGUGUUUUAGAACUCAAC